UUCCUCCUGCCGCCCUUAGGAAGUUGCACGGGCACAGCUCCGCUCCGUGCUGCUCCGGCCGGGGCCGGGUAGAGCUGGGACGGCUUCCUCUGGGCGCAGCGGGUCCCUGCCAUGGGGACGUAGCGGGCCGCGGAGCGAUGCGCGGCCCUGCGCUGCCCCGCAGCUCGCUGGGGACGGUUAUCCUAACAUUUGUCUGCAUGUUGACGAAGGAAUCUGUAGAAAUUUCUCCAGUACCAUAUACACUGCAAGUCCAUCAGAUACCUUGGGAUGGAAGAGACCCUUCUAGCUCCUUGAAUGAAAAAAGGCAGAUACAGUGUCAACUGGGACAGUAUCUACAUCCCAGAGAGACCCACUGCUGCAUGAGGUGCCAUGCAGGUACCUACAAGGCAAAAGACUGUGGUCGGCCUGACCAGGCACCCAUCUGUCUUCCGUGUCCUAAUGGCACAUUCACAGCUGUGGAUAACACCAUGUCUAAAUGCUUCCAGUGCACACGUUGCCGUACAGAAUUCCAGCAGAUAGUAGAGACUCCCUGCACCCCAAAGCAAGAUACCGUAUGUGGCUGUCGGAAGAACCAGUACCAGAUUGGUCUGGACGAUCUCUUCCAGUGUAGGGACUGCAGUUCAUGUGUCAAUGGGACUAUUACCGACUGUACAAAGAACAAAGAUGCAGUUUGCAGGUGCAAGCCUGGAUUCUUCCUGACACUUAGAAAUGUUUGCAAGCCUUGCACCAGCUGCAUUGGUGAAGAAUGCUUGCAGUGUCAUAGCCCAGUGACUGCUUCACCAACUUCAGCGGAGCUGAAUGGGAACCUUGUCCUUGGCAUCAUCGUUGCAAUAUUUGGAGUUAUUUUCAUCCUCUACAUUGUAAAAAAAAUAGUGAAGCUCAUCCAGAAAAAGAGGAUAACAUCUUCCUCCUCCUGUGCCACUUUGCCGCAGACAACCAAGGAGCCAGUAUCCGAGGUUGAGGUAAAAAGAGGUGAAAUUUCCAUCCUUCUUUCUGAGUCCCGGAAAGAAACAGAAUUGUUGGUGAAUGCAACACCACCACCUGCACCUCUGCCACAAAGCUCACAUGAGUUCCCGGACUGUGUCAGACCUGCCAGGAAGAGGCAGCUUCCAGACAGCCCUUCUAUUCUCUACACUGUGGUGGAUCAUGUACCGCCAUCCCGGUGGAAAGAAUUUGUGAGGCGUCUGGGCCUGAGUGACCAUGAUCUAGAGAGAAUUGAGAUGGAGCAUCGGUGUUUCCGAGAUGCCCAGUAUGAAAUGCUAAGACAGUGGAAACUGCAGAAGAGCCAUGCUGCAACUGUGGAGCACAUCAGCUGUGUUCUCAACCAGAUGGAGCUGAGUGGCUGCAGUGAAGCCAUUCAGGAGGCUUUGCUAAACCAGAGUUCUCAACCUUGCAGCUUCCACUUCCAUCAUUAGUCUGUUUCUGCUUCAGCUGCCCUGGCUGAGGCUGUUAAAAGAUGAUCAUAAGGUCAUCCCUUUCCUGUCUUCCUUUUCUUAUACCUCCUUAUCUUUCUAAAACUCAUCUGUAUUUGUUGGGAACAGCAGCACAUUAUGCUGGAGGAAGGCUGAGGUUUGCUUCUCAGUCACCAUAUAUUCAAUGCCUUUAAGCCAAGACAGACCUCUGCAACAACUCCUUUCCUAGGGAGGCGAAGCACCUCAUAAAAGAAGUGGUAUGUGACCAGGAUGAAAACAGGAGCUUAGAGUGACUUAGAUCAGCUGCUCUAUGGACUAGUUCUGAAAUAGGUGCUCCAUGCAGCAUGUGGUAGGUGAACUUGUAGGGUGUCUUGGUUAAGCUUGCUGUUCAGAUGGUAAAGUACUUACUCGCUUUUUGUAGAUCUGUGUUUCUGCAAGAUCAGACAGUUGAACUGGCUCACAUUACAGCCCUUGGAUUGCUAAACCUGAUUCACGGGAAGUGGAGGGAGGUUGUGCCUUUCUGGGAGCAGGAGAGGACUGCCCCCUUUCGGCAUCAACUGGUUAUCCCUGUGGCAAAAGAGGCAUGGAGAUUCAGAAGUGGUGGCUGUGGGAAACGGGAGGAUAUUAUCCUUUGCACACUCCCAUUUUCCUCAGGUUCAAGUGGAACAGGGAUUCUGAGGCAGUGAGUCAGAUGAGAAGGUUGGUGCUUUUUUGUGAAGUUUUUUUUUCCUAUAUCUAGAAACCAUAUAAGAUAGCAUUAACAAAACACCAGCUUGUGUGUUUGUCCAAGUGCAGAAAACAGAGGAAUGUGUGCAUCUGUCUGGGUGAGAAGGUACCUAUCUAUGUACCUGGUAGCAUGAGCACCUCUGCACAUCUGUGCUUGCACACAGGUUGGUAGGCUUGUGUCUACCUGCUGAUCUCUCUCUGAAUGAUUUGCUGGAUCUGAUCUAACUGCAAAUGGGACUGUGUAUGUGUACAUAUAUAUAUAUGUAUAUAUAUAUAUAUAGAUAGAUAUAUAAGUCUAUAGAUAUAGAUAGAUACGUGUUUUUAGCAACUGUUGAAUAAUUUCACACUACUUCCUGGGCUGCACUCUGUGAUUGCUGCCCGGGUACAAGAGCUGUUUGGUACCAUCUCCCUGCUCACACCAUUAUUUUCUCAUGGGUAUUACACUGGCUGAAGUGUAAACAGCAAAAAUCAAUUAGCCUGCAUCAGGUGCAGGCUGAUUUGUAAUGUGGACUGGUUUUAUUCUCUCAUCCCUUGGCUGGAGAGACACUUUCUACUGUAAAUACACUAAGUGCUCUGAAUUAAAAUGCAUACUUUUA